AUGCAGCACCCUGAUCCUAAUAUCCCCAGUCAACGGUUCAUCCGUCUCAUCCUCAAGGCGUUGCUCAUCAUCUUCAGCAUUGGCAGUUUCGUCACUUUCAUCCUCGCUGCCAUCACUGCCGGUGGAGACUGGCCUCAGAUGCAAGAGUCUGCUCUGCCGGAUACAUCAUCGCGUUUUGUUGCCGUCCCCCGGGAAGGUCGAGGCCUCGUCCGUCGCGACGACGACGAUGACUACCGAAGGAUGCCUUUUGACCGGACCAACGCACGCUUCCCAAAUGACCGUGACAUCCAAAGCAUCGUUCAGCUUUUCCGGCUCGACCCCAACGAUCCUGCAUGGCUACCCUUCUUCUUUCUCUCGACUAUUGCCUUCAUCUCCUGGAUUGCCACCGCUAUUCUGCUCUUCUUCGUCUUUGCCCGAGGCAGAAGUUUCGGCAGCCGCCUCCCCCGGUACGUUUUCCGGGUCAUCGCCCUAAUUGUCCUCGCCUUUGCUCCUAUCUUCGUCUUCGGCUGGUACCGCAACGAUGGAGCCUUCUCGCUUGUCUGCAAGAGCAACUACGCAAUCGGCCAGGCAGCACUUGUCCUCGCUCACCUCACUCUCUUCAUUGGAAUCUUCCUGACUUUCCUUGGGGCUAUUCUGGAUCUCCCAACUGAUUUCGGCAUGGACUCUCGCCGAACCAGCGCUACAAGUGGUGCCUGA